UUGCCAGAAUGUAUGUGUCCUCCUCUUCACUUACAUCUCCUAAGUACAAGUCGGCGGUGAUAUCGUGGGCGUUUAGUUUAACGUCUUUCAAAGAAUAAUUCAGUUCCGCUAACCUGCGAGAAAAACAUACAUUCCGUCUUUCGCACCGCAAAAUAGAAAUAAUCUUCGAUUUCUUUUCUCUAAUAUAUUACGUACCAUUUUGCGGUGUGCAAUAAUCCUCGUUGAGAACAUUCGCCUAUCGCGCGUAAAAGGUCAGUCUUAACCUCCUUAAUAUCAAACUUUAUAGAUUCCUCCAUGUCGUGAAAAUACGUCUCAUCGACUUUACAUUCAGUUCUUAAGAAUUAUUAGAGCUAUUUAAAUCACGAUCCCACGCAUUUCAGCGAAAUAAUUGAUCUUUUUGCGAUUCAAAUGUACACCGAAUGCAAGGGCCAUAUGUACAUAAACAUGUUUUGUCGCCAUCUACAACGCAUAAUCAAGAAUAUAUAACAGCUUUAUAAUUUCAUCUUGGAAUCUUUACUUCAGUGUGCAUGUAUCUACAUUUUAAUCGAAUGUAUUCUUGACCACGCGAAAGAACGAGCAACAAUGAACUACUGCUUAAUUUCAUGGGGUGCUAAUUCUCAUGGUCAACUUGGACAAGGCGUUCGAACGGAGGAAUGCCUUCUACCUCGUGAAGUCGAUUUGUCCGGUUGUUCGUUGGAAUCGCGAAAGAUAGUUAAAAUAACCGGUGGUGCUGGACACACGUUGAUUUUAGAUAAUGACGGUCGCGUAUAUUCUUGCGGUUGGAACAAUAAGGGGCAAACGGGUUUUCCGAUUGGCGAGGAGUCACUGUCUUUCCGGGAAGUGGAAGGCAAAUUGAAAGGCAAAAUUGUCAUUGAUAUCGCAUGCGGCUGGGAUUGUUCGGCUGCGUUAACAAUAGAAGGCACCUUAUUCUUAUGGGGCUCGAAUUGUUUCGGACAGUUGGGGAAACAUCCGAGUACCGUUCAAUGGACACACGAGCCCCUACAAGUUGCUCUCGAUCGAAUAAUUAAACGAGUUUCCAUAGGCUUAAGGCACAUAGCUCUAGUAACGAAAGAUCGUAAGGUUUUGGUGGCAGGCUCCGGCAAUAAAGGACAAUUAGGCUUGAGCCACUCAAGAGAGGAAGAAUUUUUCGAUGCGAUGCACACCUUCGCGGAAGUUCCGACGCUAGAAAAUGUGCAAGACGUUACUUGUGGCCAACGCCAUACAGUGGCGAUAACGAACGACGGAUACCUUUAUGCCUUCGGUGACAAUAAGCACGGUCAGCUGGGAUUGGAUACCGAUACCUGUUCGAAAACGUCUUUCCCGACAAGACUACCUGAUGUUCGGUUUAAUUCGUCGGUUAUAAUAGCAAGCGGGUGGUCGCACUCAAUCGCAUUGAGCGGUGGUCAAGUUUUUUCAUGGGGGCGAAACACGUACGGACAAUUAGGUUCCGCGACGCCUAAGAGUCCAUCUUCUUCUUGGAAAAUCGUGCAAGUCGACGGUCUCGCGGACAUCGCAGAAAUUUCAGUUGGCUCCGAACACAACGUUGCUUUAACUGAGGAUGGAAGAAUUUUAUGUUGGGGGUGGAACGAGCAUGGAAACUGUGGGACAGGUCAUACAACGGAUGUCAAGGUUCCGAAGCAGUUGUCAUAUUCGUCGGAUUUCACGGCGAUACGUGUUGGAAGCGGUGCAGGUCACUCGUUUGCUGUAAUCAAAAAAUUCCGAUGAAUUUGUGUGUCGCUUACGGGGCAAUUGAAUGCUCGGCGCUACGUUCAUUCAUGUAAAAU